UGCAUUUUGGAACGAAGACAUGUCUCUUCAUGCUAUUCUCUGCAGUUCUUGCUAGUGCAAUUAGAUCACAGGAAAACGAAAACGGCUGCCGUGAAAGUACCACGAGCUCGAAUGAGGCGCUAUCCAGCGAAGUUGGAUGUAAUGGUCAACAACAUCGAGACCAGGACCACUUUCGGUAUAACAAACGUGGUGUCAUGGAUUCAAGUAGGCCCACUUUCGGGGAAAGAGGCGGCGACGACAACGAGCAAGGCCGGGCGUUUGAACGCCUGGAUUCCCUGGCCAAGUACGCAAGGUCGAAACUCCCGUUCACCAAUCAAAGAUCCAGGACUGCGGGUGAAACAAAUCGCCCGUGCAAUAAGCAGUGAAUACCUGUUGCACUCAGUUGAAAAAUGAAGUUUCCGAAUUUCAAAAUAAAUGCUUCACUCGAGAAUAAACUCAGUAAC